AUGGAGCCUGUAAUCGAUCAGUUCAAAGCUUUUGCUAAAUCCGGUCAUGACUUUUUCGACGGCGCGUUCCGUCGCCGUAAUCCGUUUGAAAUCCUCAAACGUUUACAAAGAGAAGCUUUCUCAGAUCUUAUGAAACUCAGAGACAGACAAGAAAAGGUUGAGAGGAUGCUUUCGUUUUAUAAAUCAUCAAAAGGAGGUCCUUUUAAGGAAUCCAGUACCCAUGUAAGAGGACAGAUGGAUUUCACCGGAGCUUUAUUAGUCAUUGGUGACUUUAAUCAGCAGAACUUAGAUAUCAUAAACAGGGCCGGAAUAAAAACUGGCAUUGAUUCAAGGUUUGUUUUUGAAACCACCAUUGGUAAAGACAAUGCUCUUGCUGCAGAGUUUGUGGCCAUUCGGAAAGGAAAAGAACAUCAUGGCAAUGCCUUUGAAAUGCCACUUUCUCUAGCGAAACUAAGCUAUACAACAAAUGUCAAUGAUUGGUUUUCUCUUACGGCUGUACCAGUGGGAGCCCAAUGCAGAGAUGUUGCAGUUGGUUCAAAUUCUUUUGAUCAGUCAGGAAAAGGUCUCACAGAUUUCUCUUCUUUUGGACCGCCUCUUCUGAAUCUACGCAAUGGUAGUGCCAUUGGCAUAGCUGCGAGAAAGUCAUGUUUUAUCGCUUCAUUAGCUCAAUUUGUAUCUGGACUGGGAAUACCUUUUGAUUCUAAUACAAUGGAAAAUAGUUACAGCACAUUCGUACAACUUGCGUGUCAAUUUCCUAGAGGAACAAAGCUAUCUGUUCUUGGUAAUCACCAACUUCCUUUUGUAUCAAAGCAGCUUAGAAAAUUUGGAGCUUUUACAAUCCCAUUAGUCUUGUCCAACCAACAAGAAGCAUCCGAGACAGAACCUGAAGCAUCGCCAUACAUAGGAACAAGGGCAGAGCUCUCAGGUGGCUCUACUGCUAUAAUGCUGGAAUCUGAACUUGAUGGCUUUACAAAACUCGGAGGUUGGGUUGAGAUGAACGCACUAAAUCCCAAAUCUGCACAAUGGGGGGUAACACUAUCAGAUGUUUCUGAAGAUUCAUUUGGCUGGGGAAUGAGUCUUGGCGGAAUAGGUGCCGAUCAUUUUCAGGCUGAAUCCUAUCUGAAAUUCAACAUGGGUGAUAAGUUUUGCUUGAAGCCGGGUCUUGCAUUCGCAACCGAUGGAAAUUCCACAAUAGGUGCUUUAAUGCUCCGGUCUAAUUGGUCCUUAUGA